CCAUUUUCAAUUUCAAACUCAACCACAACACUUCAACAUGAAUUCUCUUACCCUGAGCGACUGGGUAACUCCCAACUCAGUUGACAGAGUUGAUUUUGGUCAUUAUGAGUAUGACCCAAACACCAUCCACACGGCAGAGGUGUGGCGCGACAUCUUCACCAUUCUGAGCGCGCAAAAAGGCAUCACUUCGCUUAUCGUGGUGUCUUCUGAUGCCGGACCUCGUCAAGAUCCCAUCCGCCGAGGAUGGGAAAUGUGCGGUCAAGAUGGGGAUAGUUUGGUGCUAUGGACCUACGGACUCUGGUUCACACAUGUCAAGAGUUGCUGGUCAGAUCCUGAACCGACAACGAACGAUAACUCGACUUUCGUCAUUGAUAUAGACCCCCUUAUGAAGAUCGACUGUGCCAUCGCACUCAUGGCCGCUACCCACUUUGCAAUGGACACGGCGCUACACAGUAUGACGAGACUGUUGACAGUUUCAUGCACUGAUGUCGACCAAGCCUUUGUGAGGCUGUCCCAGCAUCAUGGGCUGGCACCACCAAAGAUCUUCAGGCACGACGGCACUUCGUGGUAUGAUACCCAGCCUGGAAGAUCCGAAACCAUAUACUGCGAAUCCACGUCUGAAGUCGCUGAGCGAUUCAACGCGAAGAUUGGAAACCUCGAGGGGAAGCAGAUUGUCCUUGUAUUCCAUUCGGUGGCCGUCGCAAACAAAUUGAACUGCGAUGACUGGGCGUGUCUGCACAUUCGUCACCCACCAGGACCAAAGGAUGAAAUAGAGAAAGUGUUCAAUGGGCAAGUCAAAGCCAAUGCUAUUUUAGUUCUCCCUGAUCGAUUUCAUUCUCCAGUUCCACUUUCUGGGUUCGAUCACGUCCACGUGGUAGUCCAAUCGAAGGUUCGGAGAAGUAGCUUUGACUUCGCCGUCGGUCAAACGACGAGUUUCUUACAGGUAUUGAGCAUCCAAGAACGGAGCGAGCUCAGAUCCUUUUUCCAUCGCUUUGGCAGUCGUCCUUCAACUGCAACCUUCUAUGUGAUGGAUGAGCAAAAGAAACAAGGCAAAUAUGAUUGGUGGCAGCAGGGACCUCUGGUACGUCGACAGGAUGUUUGGAACCGCACCCUGGGAGCGUUCAUGGCCAUCGUCGCAUCACUCGGCCCCAAUGUUGAUCCUGUCGCCGCCGUUCAGUGUUUUGUUCCCGAAGGGGUGUUUACAAAAUAUCUGACCAUGGCAUACCGUCUACAAACUCAUGGUAUCCUCAAGUGGAACGAAGAUGAGCGAUUGACUAUGGGUCUAGAGGGACGCGAGCUGGCAGCUUUUCUCACGGUCCUUCCAUUUGUCGAUCACGACUACCGACUAGCAUACUUCAUCGCACAAGACUCCCCGACUGGCAGUGACGACCUUCUCCAGACCAAAGUUCAGUUGGCGGCUGUGAUCAACAGCGGAGGUAUCAGCAUGUUCGACUUCGAGACGAGUCUGGGACAGUCUGCCGACACUUUACAAAAGGUGGUCAGCGCCUGCACCGGCUACAGUCAACCUCUCUCCGAUCAGGGAAAUAUGUGGCUUGCGCUUGGUCUCUGGAAGCGCUUUGCUCACCAUACCAACAGCUUUCAAAAUAUUCCACCGUCUGGCGCGCUUGAGCUCCCCGGACUUUAUGUGAAGGCGAAGAGGUCGCUGUGCUUCAAAGCUUUUCAAUCUUGGUGGGAAAUCUCAUCCGCCCUUGCAACAUGCGGCAUCAAGACGGCACAAAAAAGAUUUGGCGAUGAGUCCAACCUCUCCACCAGUGAGUGCUAUGAGAUCCAAUCUCAUUUAUUCCGAGCAUAUCUUUCGCAGUUGACUUCGUGCUGUCGAGACAGAUCCCAGAAAGACGUUUUUGAGUUUCUAGACAUCUCGUCAAAACGUACCAUCAACGGGCUUUUAGGUGCGAGUGUUGCUUCGAUUGACUUUGGCAGGAUCCCGGACAAUAAGCCGGCUUUUGGUAUCUAUCAUUCCCUCAUUCGAUUUGAAGCUGAAGUCUACUUCAAAGAUUGGACAAUGAUUCCUCCAAGGAUUGUCACGACAUGGGUUGAGCAGUUUCGACACAGAGUGGGAAUGCCCAGGCUCGGAAUUGAGUCCAUGCUCAGGACUGACGGCAGCCCUCGACCGAAUUACGAUGGUAUCUACAAUGAGGUCUGGAAAGCAUCAGAUUGGUAGAUGUCCUACAAACAGAGAGUACCUCCUCAAAUGCAUUGUCAUAUCACCGCCAGGUUUGGCAUUUCAGUUUGUAACAAACUGACCUUUUGGUGACAUCUGGGAUAGAGAGAUGGUUACGUAGGCAC